CCACAGAGGGCAGAGCCUGGAAGGGAGGGGCCUUUGGGAUUAUAAAUUCCAAAAAGGACGCUCAACUCUCAGACCUGGCUCCCUGAGAAUCUACUGCCAGCUUCUGGGGCUGUGGACAUUUUCAGCACCCUCGCCAUGAAACACCUGCUGCUGCUCACCCUGUCUGCCCUGCUCUGCUGCUGGGUCUCAGCUGACACUAGAUGUCAUUCCUGCUACAAGGUCCCUGUGCUGGGCUGCGUGGACCGCCAGUCCUGUCGCCUGGAGCCAGGCCACAGAUGCUUGACAACAAAUGUGUACCUUGGGAAGAUGUGGGUUUUCUCUAACCUGCGCUGUGGCACACCAGACGAGCCUUGUGUGGAGGCUUUCAACCAAACCAACCGCAGGCUGGGCCUGAACUACAACACUACCUGCUGUGACAAGGACAACUGCAAUAGCCCAGCUCCGAGGCCCACGCCCGCCCUGGCUCUUGUCUCCCUCACCUCCUUGGCUGGCCUUGGCCUCUGGUUAUUGCACUGAGAUUCACUCCAUGGCUGUGUUCUUGCCAUUUGCUGUAGCCUGAGCCUUUCUCCCCAUGUCCUUAGAACUCCAGCUUUCCAGAAUGUUCUCCCUUCACCCCUGGCUCCUCCUCUUCUGAAGAUCAUUUCCCUGUUCUUGUCCCACUUGUUUCGUGGGACAGUGCCUAGAGUGAUCUUUCUAGUCUCUUCUCUCAGCUGGCACUCUCCGCUCCAUUUUCCACCAAGUCCUUUCCCAUUUCCUUGGAGAACACUCUACCUCCUUCACUGGCCACCGCAAGGGCUCCCUACUUGGAUGCACGCUGAUGUGACCCUGGGAUGUGGAUCUAGAAGGGCCACUGUCCUGUCUCCAAAACGACCCGCUAACCUCACUGCAUGGGGUUGAUUCGCCAAACCCUCUGCUCAUCUCUUUCCAUCAUGAGAAAUAAA